CCUGAAUCUUCAGCACCUUCCUACCGCGCUCAUCUGGACCUGAAUAGGCCUGUUUCACGCCAGUGCUCGGGUGACUCUAUCUUACCGAGAACGUUCUCGAACUUGUCUAACCGCCACUACUGAAAGUUUUGGGCCUCUGCGGGGAACCGAUACGUGACAUCGAAUCAAUUCCGAUAAUAAUCUCAACGAGUUUGCAACAUGUCCUCCGCCGUUGUGCACAGCGACGACCUCAUGGAGCCCACGCUCCAGUCGGUGGUGAACCAGAAGACCUUGCGCUGGAUCUUUGUCGGCGGUAAAGGAGGUGUCGGCAAGACUACGACUUCCUGCUCUCUUGCAAUUCAGCUUGCCAAAGUUCGCAAAUCUGUCCUCCUCAUCUCCACCGACCCCGCGCACAACCUUAGCGAUGCCUUCGGUCAGAAGUUCGGAAAGGAGGCCCGGCUGGUCGAUGGAUACUCGAACCUGAGCGCUAUGGAGAUCGACCCUAACGGCAGUAUUCAAGAUCUCCUGGCUAGUGGUGAAGGCCAGGGCGACGACCCUCUGUCUGGUAUGGGUGUUGGUGGAAUGAUGCAGGAUCUUGCGUUCAGUAUCCCCGGUGUUGAUGAAGCUAUGUCUUUUGCCGAAGUCCUGAAGCAGGUCAAGUCGCUGUCCUACGAAGUUAUUGUGUUUGACACUGCGCCGACCGGUCACACCCUCCGCUUCCUCCAGUUCCCUACUGUCCUAGAGAAGGCUCUCGCCAAGCUGUCGCAGCUGUCCUCUCAGUUUGGUCCCAUGUUGAACUCGAUCCUUGGUUCUCGUGGCGGUCUGCCCGGCGGUCAAAACAUCGAUGAAUUGUUGCAGAAGAUGGAGUCGCUGAGGGAGACUAUUAGCGAAGUCAACUCGCAGUUCAAGGACGCUGAUCUGACUACCUUCGUCUGUGUUUGUAUCGCGGAAUUCUUGUCCCUCUACGAAACCGAGCGUAUGAUUCAGGAGCUCACGAGCUACAACAUCGAUACCCAUGCCAUUGUGGUCAACCAGCUCCUGUUCCCCAAGCAAAGCAGCGAGUGCGAACAAUGUAAUGCACGAAGGAAGAUGCAGAAGAAGUAUUUGGAGCAGAUUGAAGAGUUGUAUGAAGACUUCAACGUGGUCAGGAUGCCAUUGCUGGUUGAGGAAGUCAGAGGCAAGGAGAAGCUUGAGAAAUUCAGCGACAUGCUUGUGAACCCGUAUGUACCCCCGGAGGGCAACUGAGGCGGAUUAGCGGAGAGUUUUCAAUCUAAGAUUUGCUGCGAACGUUGUUUAUUUGGACGAGUCAUGAAAAGAGUAUAGACUAUAAUAUACGAAGCGUGAAGAUGCAAGCGUGAAGAUGCAUUCAUUGGAAAAUUGUGAAUCUAGCCAUCCUGAACCGUGC